AUGGUGAAGCUUCAGCAUCAGCCUCUUUUCUCACUCACACUUCUACUUAUCUUCCUCUCCCAUUGCACCAAAAUCUUAGCCCAAGCUCCUGCUGCAGCCCCUGCUGCUGCUCCUGCUGCUCCUGCUGCCCCAAUUGCCCCAGCUGCCCCAAUUGCCCCAGCUGCCCCAAUUGCUCCAGCUGCCCCAUCAAUUACAGGGCCAGCAGUUCCAGCACCACCAGCUGAUGCCCCUGCACCUCCAGGCCCAACCAACAUCACCAAAAUCCUUGAAAAAGCAGGUGGCUUCAAUGUCUUAAUCCGCCUUUUAAAAAGCACCCAAAUUGACAGACAGCUCUACAGCCAACUCAACAACUCAAAUAGCCAACUCACCGUUUUAGCCCCAACUGACAGUGCCUUCUCAAGGCUCAGCACAGGCUCACUCAACUCUUUGAGCGAUGAGCAAAAAGUGCAGCUCUUACAAUUCCAUCUGAUCCCAGAUUUUCUCACAAUCCAAAACUUUCAAACUCUCAGCAAUCCAGUGAGAACCCAAGCUGGAACUGGAUUUCAGUAUCCACUAAACAUUACCACAACAGGCAGUUCAGUCAACAUUUCCACUGGCCUUGUGAACACCUCCAUUUCAGGCACUGUCUACUCCGAUAGUCAAAUUGCUAUUUACAAAGUUAACAGUGUGCUCCAGCCUUAUGGUGUUUUUGCUCCCAAGCAUCACCAACCCUCACCGGCUCCGGCACCUGUACAAGAGAAGCCUACGAAGGAAUCUUCAUCAUCUGAUUCUGAUGACACUACUCCUGAUGUUGCUGAAGUGAAGUCUGGUGCUGUUCCUUCUCUGAUCUCCAAAAUUAAUGCCAUUGUCUCCAUUGGAGUUUCAGUGGUUGCUGCUGCAGCUAUAAGCUUUUUCUGA